GAGAAGAGGAGUUUACAAAGAUUUCGACUGUUCUUUUCAUUUAUUGAUUAUUGAACCAUAUCAUCAAAGCUCCUAGAACACCAUGGGAGACUCCCUUGACGGGACUGAAAAUACUGCAGAAACCCAAAAUGUGGUUGUUGUUGAUUUUCAAGACUUUGCUAAUUACUUGCGAAGAGCCGCAACGGUACUUUUGCCUGAGGAUGACAUCGUUCCUCCGGCUCUUAACACAGCCCUCGAGGAUAAAGUGAACCAAGACUGCAUUAGAAAGUUUAUUGCUGAUCCUCAAGUUUCUUCGCUCUACGUCCAACGAUUUUCAUCAAAAGAAGAUGACAGUGAACAACCAACUGAGGGUGAAGAAGAGAAAGAAGCUGUUACAUACCAAAUCAGUAAUGAGGUUCAUUUUACAUCCCCACGAGUGGCUGCCCUUGUCUGUACAAAACGAGGAGCAGUUAUUGAAGCUGAUAAGUCCAUCCAUAGUCAACUUCGAUUAAUCAACUUCUCUGAUGGAUCUCCUUAUGAAACCCUGCAUGCUUUUAUCAGCAAAACGAUGGCUCCAUUUUUCAAGAGCUAUGUUAAAGAAAGUGGAAGAGCUGACCGAGAUGGUGAUAAAAUGGCUCCAUCAGUUGAGAAGAAAAUUGCUGAACUGGAAAUGGGUCUUCUUCAUCUCCAACAGAACAUUGAUAUUCCUGAAAUUACUCUACCCAUCCAUCCAGUUGUAGCAGCAGUCAUAAAAAGGGCUGCUGAUGAAGGAAGGAAAGCCCGUGUUGCUGACUUCGGUGACAAAGUUGAAGAUUCUACUUUUUUAAAUCAACUUCAGUUUGGUGUUAAUCGUUGGAUUAAAGAAAUUCAAAAGGUGACCAAAUUGGAUCGAGAUCCGUCAAAUGGUACUGCACUUCAAGAAAUCUCUUUCUGGCUGAAUCUUGAAAGAGCUCUUCAUCGCAUUCAAGAAAAACGAGAAAGUCUUGAAGUGGCACUAACUCUCGAAAUCCUGAAAUAUGGUAAACGUUUCCAUGCAACUGUCUCAUUCGAUACAGACACAGGCCUGAAGCAAGCUCUUGCAACUGUAUCUGAUUACAAUCCAUUGAUGAAAGAUUUCCCCAUCAAUGACCUUUUGAGUGCUACUGAACUUGACAGAAUAAGGUUGGCAGUCCAACAAAUAUUCUCUCAUCUACGUAAAAUACGUUCUACUAAGUAUCCAAUCCAGCGUGGUCUAAGACUUGUUGAAGCAAUUUCUCGUGAUCUCGGACAACAGCUAUUAAAGGUGCUUGGUACUCGUCGUCUGAUGCACAUUCCAUUUGAAGACUUCGAACGCGUCAUGACUCAAUGUUUUGAAGUAUUUUCGUGUUGGGAUGAUGAGUACGAGAAGCUUCAAGGUCUUCUUCGUGACAUCGUGAAGAAGAAACGCGAUGAACAUUUGAAGAUGGUAUGGCGCGUUUCUCCGUCACAUAAGCGACUGCAGGCGCGUAUGGAACACAUGCGGCGCUUCCGGAGACAUCACGAGCAACUGCGCACUGUCAUGCUAAGAGUUCUGCGUCCACGCGCUGUAGUGACUGCAGAGACGGGUGCUUCAGGCGAACCCGCGCAGCCUCACUCUCUGCCCAUGGAUGCUGCUGAUGCUAACGCCAUUGCCGAGGUGAACCUCGCAUAUGAGAAUGUAAAAGAAGUCGAUUGCUUGGAUAUCACCCGCGAAGGUUGCGACGCUUGGGAAGCUGCCGUGGGACGCUAUGAAGACAGAAUCGACCGCGUCGAGACUCGCAUCACGGCCCACCUCCGCGACCAGCUGGGAACAGCUAAGAACGCGAACGAAAUGUUUCGUAUAUUCUCUCGCUUCAACGCGCUGUUCGUGCGCCCGCACAUCCGCGGCGCCAUCCGCGAGUACCAGACGCAGCUCAUACAGCGCGUCAAAGAUGAUAUUGAGGCCUUACAUGAGAAGUUUAAAGUACAAUAUCCACAAUCGAAGUGCAGUAGUAUUUCGACGGUACGAGAUCUCCCUCCCGUUGCCGGCUCCAUCAUUUGGGCGAAGCAGAUCGAUCACCAGCUCACUGCUUAUUUAAAAAGAGUUGAAGAUGUGCUUGGUAAAGGCUGGGAAAAUCAUAUUGAAGGGCAGAAGUUGAAGGCAGACGGCGACAGUUUCCGACUGAAAUUAGAUACUCAAGAAGUCUUCGACGAUUGGGCUCGUAAGGUUCAACAACGUAACUUGGGUGUAUCGGGACGAAUCUUCGCGAUCGACUCAGUGCGUGCCCGGUCCAGCAAGACUGGUACAAUCCUCAAACUGAAAGUUAACUUUCUGCCGGAAAUCAUCACUCUAUACAAGGAAGUGCGUAAUUUAAAGAACCUAGGGUUCAGAGUGCCGUUAGCCAUUGUGAACAAGGCUCAUCAAGCUAAUCAACUGUACCCGUUCGCCAUUUCAUUGAUCGAAAGUGUACGCACUUACGAGCGCACUCUCGAAAAGAUUCGUGAUAAGGCAUCCAUCAUCCCGCUGGUGGCUGGUCUGAGGCGCGACGUUCUCAACCAGGUGUCCGAAGGCAUGGCUCUCGUAUGGGAAUCCUACAAACUUGAUCCAUAUGUACAGAAAUUGAGUGAAGUCGUGCUACUAUUCCAAGAGAAAGUUGAAGACUUACUUGCGGUCGAAGAACAAAUCUCGGUGGAUGUCCGAUCGCUUGAGACCUGCCCGUACUCGGCUCAAAGCCUGGCCGACAUUUUGAGUCGCCUGCAGCGCGCCAUCGACGAUCUGUCCUUGAGGCAGUACAGCAACUUGCAUCUGUGGGUGCAACGCUUAGACGAAGAGGUUGAAAAGAGCCUCGCCGCCCGUCUGCAGGCCGGUGUCGAAGCCUGGACUGGCGCCUUGCUAGGGAAGAGCCACGAGCUUGACCUAUCCAUGGAUACUUAUUCUCCUGCUGAACCUACCCACAAACCCGGAGGCGAACCCCAGAUCGCCCGCGUGGUCCACGAGGUGCGCAUUACGAAUCAACAAAUGUAUUUAUUCCCGUCUUUGGAAGAAGCUCGCUUCCAACUGAUGCGGCAGAUGUUUGCGUGGCAGGCCAUCGUCACCAGCCUGCACAGACUGCAGAGCACCAGGUACCAAGUCGGAGUUGCUCGAGCUCAAACAGCCACCUACAGGAACCUACUGACCAAGCUUCCUGGAGGAUCCGCACCCCUCGAAAAAGCUUACGACGCGAUUGAAAAGAAGAUAUUUGAAGUUCGCGAAUACGUCGACGAAUGGCUGCGUUACCAAGCCCUUUGGGACUUACAACCGGAAAGCUUGUAUGGACGUCUCGGGGAAGAUAUCACUUUGUGGAUUAAGUGUUUGAAUGACAUCAAGAAAUCUCGUACCACGUUCGACACAUCCGACACUCGACGUGAAUACGGGCCGGUGGUUAUAGACUUCGCCCGCGUGCAAAGCAAGGUGGCUCUCAAGUACGACGCCUGGCACAAGGAGGUGCUCGGCAAGUUCGGGGCUCUGCUCGGCGGAGAAAUGGUCCAGUUCCACUCCAAGCUCUCCAAGUCGCGUAGCCAGCUAGAACAACAGACUAUCGAAGCGGCAUCUACUAGUGAUGCAGUGUCUCUCAUUACCUACGUGCAACAGUUGAAGAGAGAAGUCUUGGCUUGGGAAAAGCAAGUCGAUAUUUACAGGGAAGCCCAACGUAUUCUAGAACGACAACGAUUCCAAUUCCCAGCUCAAUGGCUCCAUGUCGACAAUAUCGAUGGAGAAUGGAGUGCAUUCAAUGAGAUAAUGCGUAGAAAGGAUUCUUCUAUACAGACCCAGGUUGCAUCACUACAACAAAAGAUAGUAGCUGAAGACAAAGCUGUUGAAACCCGCACUCUGGAGUUCCUCACCGAAUGGGAACGCAAUAAGCCGACAGACGGAUCCACCAGGCCUGAAGAUGCGCUGUCAAGACUACAGGCUAUGGAAACUAGGUACACCAGGCUGAAGGACGAAAGAGAUAAUGUCGCUAAAGCUAAAGAAGCUCUGGAGCUGCACGAUACUGGAAGCUCGAUUAAUAACGAACGCAUGACGGUCGUACUUGAGGAACUGCAAGAUCUACGAGGAGUGUGGUCGUCGCUCAGCAAAAUCUGGACACAAAUUGAUGAUAUCAGAGAGAAACCUUGGCUUUCCGUACAGCCCAGAAAACUCAGGCAACAGCUGGAGGCUAUGCUGAAUGAGCUCAAAGAACUGCCGGCUCGUCUGCGUAUGUACGACAGCUAUGAAUUCGUUCGCAAAUUACUUCAGUCUUAUACCAAGGUCAACAUGUUAAUUGUGGAAUUAAAAUCGGAUGCUCUUAAAGAACGUCAUUGGCGUCAACUGUGCCGAGCUCUCAAAGUGGAUUGGUCUUUAUCCGAACUGACUCUAGGACAAGUGUGGGAUGCUGAUCUUCUCCACAACGAACAUACAGUUAAAGAUGUCGUUCUUGUCGCUCAAGGAGAAAUGGCACUUGAAGAAUUCUUGAAACAGGUCCGUGAGUCGUGGCAGAGUUACGAGUUAGAUCUGAUUAACUAUCAGAAUAAAUGCAAGAUUAUUCGUGGAUGGGAUGACCUCUUUAACAAAGUAAAGGAGCACAUCAACAGUGUUGCUGCAAUGAAACUUUCUCCCUAUUAUAAGGUGUUUGAAGAAGAAGCUCUUACUUGGGAGGAGAAACUAAAUCGUAUUAACGCUCUAUUUGACGUAUGGAUCGACGUACAACGGCGAUGGGUGUAUCUGGAAGGUAUCUUCAGUGGAUCUGCUGACAUUAAGACAUUGCUACCCGUUGAAACAAGUCGUUUCCAGAGCAUUAGCUCCGAAUUCCUUGGCUUGAUGAAAAAAGUUUCCAAGUCUCCCAUGGUCAUGGACGUGUUGAAUAUUCCUGGUGUUCAAAGAUCUUUAGAACGUUUGGCUGACUUAUUGGGAAAAAUACAAAAGGCGCUCGGUGAAUAUCUGGAGCGGGAGAGAAGCAGCUUUCCUCGAUUCUAUUUCGUGGGUGAUGAAGAUCUUCUGGAGAUCAUUGGUAACAGCAAGAACAUAGCGCGUCUACAGAAACACUUUAAGAAAAUGUUUGCUGGGGUUUCAGCCAUCAUUCUAAACGAAGACAAUACCAUCAUCAACGGAAUCGCUUCUAGGGAAGGAGAAGAGGUUUACUUCACAGCCCCUGUUUCAACAAUAGAAAAUCCAAAAAUCAACUCAUGGUUGUCGAUGGUUGAGCGUGAAAUGCGAGUCACUUUAGCUUGCAGACUGAAGGACGCGGUUGGCGAUGUCAAACAAUUCAAAGACGGCAAUGUCGACCCUCUGAAGUUUAUUGAAUGGUGUGAUAAGUAUCAGGCUCAAAUAGUUGUGCUAGCGGCUCAGAUCCUCUGGUCCGAGGAUGUAGAGGCAGCGCUAGUUAAUGGGGGCGGAGAUGGAUUGAAACGCGUACUAGCCCAUGUUGAAAACAUGCUGAACAUACUUGCUGACUCUGUUUUGCAAGAACAACCCCCGCUUAGAAGAAGGAAACUUGAACAUUUGAUCAACGAAUUCGUUCACAAGCGUACGGUGACUCGUCGUCUGAUCGCUUCGGGCGUGAACAGCCCGCGCUCGUUUGAUUGGCUGUACGAGAUGCGUUUCUAUUUCGAUCCAAGGAAUAACGAUGUGCUGCAACAACUGACAAUACAUAUGGCCAACGCUAAAUUCCUGUAUGGCUUUGAAUAUUUAGGUGUUCAAGAUCGUCUAGUACAAACUCCUCUGACAGAUCGAUGCUAUCUAACCAUGACGCAAGCGCUGGAAGCUCGCCUGGGUGGAUCACCGUUUGGGCCGGCUGGUACCGGUAAAACGGAGUCUGUAAAAGCUUUGGGUAAUCAACUCGGUCGCUUCGUGUUGGUCUUCAACUGCGAUGAAACCUUCGACUUCCAGGCCAUGGGCCGUAUCUUCGUCGGUCUGUGCCAGGUCGGUGCCUGGGGUUGUUUCGAUGAAUUCAAUCGUCUCGAAGAAAGAAUGCUGUCUGCUGUAUCUCAACAAGUUCAGACAAUCCAGGAGGCUCUCAAAAGCCACCAAGAAGGGGACAAUACUAGUAAAUCGAUUACAGUGGAGCUGGUAGGUAAACAAGUCCGCGUAUCGCAAGACAUGGCGAUCUUCAUUACCAUGAACCCUGGUUACGCUGGACGCUCAAACUUGCCUGAUAAUUUGAAGAAGCUAUUCCGAAGCUUGGCUAUGACGACCCCGGACAGGCAACUCAUCGCCGAAGUCAUGUUGUUCAGUCAGGGAUUCCGAACUGCUGAGAAGCUGGCCUGCAAAAUUGUACCAUUCUUUAAACUGUGUGAUGAACAACUAUCGAACCAAUCUCACUACGAUUUCGGUUUGCGAGCACUCAAAUCAGUGCUUGUAUCUGCCGGUAAUGUGAAACGUGAUCGCAUACAGAAGAUAAAGGAGACAUUAGCUGAACGAGGACAAGAAGUGCCCGACGAAGCAUCUAUUGCAGAAUCGCUACCCGAACAAGAUAUUCUAAUUCAGUCUGUCUGUGAGACAAUGGUCCCGAAACUGGUAGCAGAGGAUAUUCCAUUGCUUUUCUCACUGCUGAACGACGUGUUCCCUAAUGUGGGGUACACUAGAGCCGAAAUGACUGGUUUGAAGAACGAAAUUCGGGCAGUUUGCGCUGAAGAAUUUUUGGUUUGUGGUGAAGCUGACGAACAAGGCUCCACUUGGAUGGACAAGGUACUGCAACUAUACCAAAUCUGCAAACUAAAUCAUGGUUUGAUGAUGGUCGGGCCAUCGGGCAGCGGUAAAUCUACCGCAUGGCGGGUACUACUUAAAGCUUUGGAGAGAUUCGAAGGCGUUGAAGGUGUUGCCCACGUGAUCGAUCCAAAAGCGAUGUCAAAGGAAACUUUAUACGGUGUUCUCGAUCCAAACACACGUGAAUGGACUGAUGGUCUCUUCACACAUAUAUUAAGGAAAAUAAUUGAUAACGUACGAGGUGAGAUCAACAAACGCCAAUGGAUUAUAUUCGACGGUGACGUCGAUCCCGAGUGGGUCGAGAACUUGAACUCUGUACUGGACGACAACAAGCUCCUCACUCUGCCAAACGGUGAACGUCUAUCGCUGCCUCCGAAUGUCAGAAUCAUGUUUGAGGUACAAGACUUGAAAUACGCAACGCUUGCUACAGUGUCUCGUUGCGGUAUGGUUUGGUUCUCGCAAGACGUCCUGACAACGGAGAUGAUCUUCGAAAAUUAUCUGAUGAGAUUGAAAAAUAUUCCUUUGGAAGAUGGUGAGGAGGAUUCGUUCAGUAUUGUCAUGGCUGCACCUACACCCGGUAGUGAACAGAAUGUCACAGAAAAUAUACUGUCACCCGCUUUACAAACGCAGCGUGACGUAGCGGCUAUACUACAACCACUUUUCUUUGGCGACGGUCUCGUGGUCAAAUGUCUCGAAAGAGCUGCAUCCCUCGAUCACAUAAUGGACUUCACUCGGCAUCGAGCUCUGUCUUCGCUGCACUCUAUGCUUAACCGCGGUGUUAGGAAUAUACUGGGAUACAAUCGACAACAUCCGGACUUCCCCAUCACAAACGAGCAACUAGAAGCCUACAUACCGAAAUGGCUGGUCUAUUCUUUACUAUGGUCAUUUGCUGGUGACGCAAAAUUAAAGGAUCGCAAUGAACUCGGUGAUUUCAUACGAUCAGCCAGCACAAUGCUGCUACCCAAUUGCGGACCCAAUCAACACAUUAUCGAUUUUGAGGUUAGCGUGACCGGAGAAUGGGUUCCGUGGUCCGCGAAAGUACCACAAAUCGAAGUUGAAACUCACAAAGUUGCUGCACCUGACGUUGUCGUUCCUACCUUGGACACAGUGCGUCACGAAGCCUUGCUUUAUACUUGGCUUGCCGAACAUAAACCUUUGGUUCUGUGCGGUCCGCCCGGCUCCGGGAAGACGAUGACCCUGUUCUCUGCGCUCCGAGCUCUGCCCGACAUGGAGGUGGUGGGGUUGAACUUCUCGUCCGCCACGACGCCGGAGCUGCUGCUGAAAACAUUCGAUCAUUACUGCGAGUACAGGAAGACUCCGAACGGCGUUGUGCUCGCUCCGGUGCAGCUCGGAAAAUGGUUGGUUUUGUUUUGUGAUGAAAUUAACUUACCUGACAUGGAUCAAUACGGUACCCAGCGAGUCAUUUCUUUCUUGCGUCAACUUCUUGAACACAAGGGCUUCUAUCGCGCAAGCGACCAUUCCUGGGUACAUCUGGAGCGCAUACAGUUCGUUGGAGCUUGCAAUCCGCCCACGGACCCCGGAAGGAAGCCACUCUCACAUCGUCUAUUAAGACACGUACCGGUUAUUUACGUCGACUACCCUGGAGAAAUGUCUCUGGAACAGAUCUACGGCACGUUCACCCGCGCCAUGCUCCGUAUGCAGCCGGCCCUGCGCGGAUACGCUGAGCCGCUUACUCAAGCGAUGGUGAAAUUAUACCUCGCUUCUCAAGAACGAUUCACUCAGGAUAUGCAGCCGCACUAUGUGUAUUCGCCCCGUGAGAUGACCCGAUGGGUUAGAGGAAUAUGCGAAGCUAUAAGGCCUUUGGACAAUUUGACUGUAGAAGGUCUGGUAAGGCUGUGGGCGCACGAGGCUCUGCGGCUAUUCCAAGAUCGUUUGGUUGAUGAUGUUGAGAGACAAUGGACGGAUGAAAACAUCGAUACUGUAGCCAUGCGAUUCUUCCCUGGUAUCAAUAGAGAACAAGCUCUGGCCCGUCCAAUACUUUACAGUAAUUGGUUGAGCAAAGAUUAUGUGCCAGUUUUACGAGACCAACUUCGCGAAUACGUAAAAGCGAGAUUGAAGGUGUUCUAUGAAGAAGAAUUAGAUGUUCCGUUAGUGUUGUUCGAUGAAGUCCUGGACCACGUACUGCGUAUCGAUCGGAUAUUCCGACAGCCGCAGGGACAUCUGCUACUCAUCGGAGUGUCCGGAGCGGGAAAGACAACUCUGAGUCGUUUCGUCGCUUGGAUGAACGGACUCAGCAUUUUCCAAAUCAAGGUUCACAACAAAUACACUGGUGCUGACUUCGACGAAGACCUUCGCUCGGUUCUUCGUCGCGCUGGAUGUAGAGACGAAAAAGUCGCCUUCAUAUUAGAUGAGUCUAACGUACUGGACAGCGGAUUCCUUGAAAGAAUGAACACGCUACUCGCUAAUGGAGAGGUGCCUGGGUUAUUUGAAGGUGAUGAAUUUUCCGCACUAAUGACCCAAUGUAAAGAAGGUGCCCAACGCGAGGGUUUGAUGCUAGAUUCGAAUGACGAGCUUUACAAAUGGUUCACGAGCCAGGUGAUGCGCAACUUGCACGUAGUGUUCACAAUGAACCCGUCCUCGGAGGGCUUGAAGGACCGAGCCGCGACAUCUCCUGCUCUGUUCAACCGAUGCGUGCUUAACUGGUUCGGAGACUGGAGCGAUGGAGCUUUGUUCCAAGUGGGUAAAGAGUUCACGAGCCGCAUGGACCUGGAGUCUGCCGAGUACGUGCCGCCCGCGGAGUUCCCGGCGGCGUGCGGCGAGGUGGGCGCGGCGCCGGCGCACCGCGAGGCCGUGGUCAACGCCUGCGUGUACGUGCACCAGACGCUGCACCAGGCCAACGCCAGGCUCGCCAAGCGCGCCAACAGGACCAUGGCCAUCACGCCCAGGCAUUAUUUGGACUUUAUCCAACAAAUGGUUAAGCUUUACGCCGAAAAACGUGCCGACCUGGAGGAGCAGCAGCUUCACUUGAACGUGGGUCUCGGUAAGAUCGCCGAAACCGUCGAGCAGGUCGAGGAGAUGCAGAAGAGCUUAGCGGUCAAAUCUCAGGAACUACAAGCCAAGAACGAAGCCGCCAAUGCGAAGUUGCGGCAAAUGGUGAAGGACCAACAAGAAGCUGAAAAGAAGAAGGUCGAGAGUCAGGAAAUUCAGGUCGCUUUGGAGAAACAAACCAAGGAGAUCGAGGCCAAGCGAAGGGACGUGAUGGCGGACCUCGCACAAGUGGAACCAGCCGUUAUCGAAGCGCAAAACGCGGUGAAAUCUAUAAAGAAGCAGCAUUUGGUCGAAGUGAGGUCUAUGGGCAACCCGCCGGCGAUAGUGAAGGUGGCCCUCGAAUCUAUUUGCCUGCUGCUGGGCGAGAACGCAACCGAUUGGAAGGCGAUCCGGGCGGUCAUCAUGCGGGAGAACUUCAUCAAUAGCAUCGUCUCCAAUUUCUCGACGGAGGACAUAACUGACGACGUACGUGAGAAAAUGAGGACCAGGUACCUCAGCAACCCUGAUUAUAACUUCGAGAAAGUCAACCGUGCGAGUAUGGCGUGCGGACCUAUGGUCAAAUGGGCGAUUGCUCAGAUUGAAUAUGCUGACAUGUUGAAACGCGUAGAGCCUCUGCGUAACGAGCUCCAAGCCCUCGAGGACCAGGCUCAGAGCAACGUCACGGCCGGCAACGAAGUGCGCGAACUUAUUGCUCAGCUGGAGAAAUCGAUCGCUUCGUACAAAGAAGAGUACGCUCAACUAAUCAGUCAAGCGCAGGCCAUCAAGACCGACCUCGAAAAUGUACAAGCUAAGGUGGACAGAUCUAUCGCUCUCCUGAAGAGCUUAGUGAUCGAACGUGAGCGUUGGGAGUCCAGCUCGGAGACGUUCCGUUCACAAAUGAGCACUAUCGUCGGCGACGUGCUCCUUUCAGCAGCUUUCAUCGCUUACGGAGGAUACUUCGAUCAACAUUAUCGUCAAAAUCUAUUUACGACAUGGACCAAUCACCUUGCGGCGGCCAACAUACGGUACAGAGCGGACAUAGCGCGCACGGAGUACCUCAGCAACCCCGACGAGAGACUGCGCUGGCAAGCUAACGCCCUGCCCACUGACGAACUAUGCGUUGAAAAUGCAAUUAUGCUCAGGCGCUUCAACCGCUACCCGCUGAUCAUAGAUCCGUCCGGACAAGCAACGGAAUUCAUAAUGCGCGAAUUUAAGGAACGCAAAAUCACCAAAACGUCUUUCCUUGAUGAUUCCUUCCGGAAGAACUUGGAAUCGGCACUCCGGUUCGGAAACCCCUUACUUGUACAGGACGUUGAGAACUACGAUCCUAUUCUAAAUCCGGUAUUAAACCGGGAGCUGCGUCGCACGGGCGGUCGCGUGCUCAUCACGCUCGGAGACCAGGACAUCGAUCUAAGUCCGUCAUUCGUCAUCUUCCUCAGUACAAGAGACCCGACUGUGGAGUUCCCUCCGGACAUGUGCUCGCGAGUGACGUUCGUUAACUUCACCGUCACCCGCUCGUCGCUGCAGUCGCAGUGUCUGCACAGAGUACUCAAGGCGGAGCGACCUGACAUCGACGCCAAACGAUCCGACUUACUCAAACUACAAGGCGAAUUCCACCUCCGUUUGCGUCAACUCGAAAAGUCGCUUCUACAAGCUCUCAACGACGCUAAAGGAAAGAUCUUGGAUGAUGACUCUGUAAUCGCGACAUUGGAAACCUUGAAGAAGGAAGCCGAUGAUAUUGGACAAAAGGUUGAAGAAACUGAUAAAGUAAUUGCUGAGAUAGAGACUGUGAGUCAGCAGUACUUACCGUUAUCACAAGCCUGCAGCAGCAUCUACUUCACAAUGGAUUCCCUCAACCAGAUCCACUUCUUGUAUCAAUACUCGUUGAAGAUGUUCCUGGACAUAUUCAGCUCCGUGCUGAUAUGUCCCUUGCUGAACGGCGUUACAGACUACACGGCGAGGCUUAAAAUCAUUACCGAAGAACUGUUCGCUGUGGUCUAUGAGCGUGUAGCCCGUGGUAUGUUGCACACGGACAGACUCACUUUCGCGCUGCUGCUUUGCCGCAUACAUCUGAAGGGCACGGGAGCCGAGGAUACCCUAGAGCAGUCGUUCCCGGUGUUCUUGCGAGGCAAGGAAGGGUUCGUCUCUCAGACUGCGCCUUCGGAACCGCUCACGCAUCAGCAGCACGACGCCGCCGCCAGACUCAGUUCCAGGUUGGGAGUGUUCCGUCGUCUGCUGGAGAAGGCUGGCGAGCUGCCGGAGCUGUCGGCGUGGCUGUCGCAGGCGGCGCCCGAGCAGUGCGUGCCCACGCUGUGGGACUCGGAGCCCGCCGCGCCGCCCGCGCCGCACUCGCUCGCCAUGUACCGCCUGCUGCUCAUACAGGCGUUCCGACCCGACCGCGUGAUCGCUGCCGCCACACAACUAGCGGCGGCGGUCCUCGGCACCGGAUUCAUGGCUAAAGCAGAGACCGAGUUGGAUCUCGCCUCCAUUACCGAAACUCAACUGAACGCGACCACGCCGGCCAUACUGUGCUCUGUGCCCGGAUAUGACGCUAGUGGUCGCGUGGAUGAUAUGGCGACUGAAUUGAACAAGCCUUUAUCGAGUAUCGCCAUCGGAUCUGCUGAAGGAUUCAAUCAAGCUGAGCGAGCGAUUAACACUGCUUGCAAAACCGGACGCUGGGUGAUGCUGAAGAACGUGCAUCUCGCCCCGGUGUGGCUGGUGCAGCUGGAGAAGAAACUCCACUCGCUGCAACCCCACCCGAACUUCCGGCUGUUCCUCACGACGGAGAUCAACCCGAAGCUGCCCGUGAACCUGCUGCGGGCCGGACGAGUGCUGGUCUUCGAACCGCCGCCCGGCAUCCGCGCUAACCUGCUCAGGACUUUUGUCACUGUACCGGCAGCUCGUAUGAUGAAACCACCGUCAGAACGUGCCAGACUUUAUUUCUUGCUGGCUUGGUUCCACGGUAUUGUUCAGGAGCGUCUGCGCUACGUGCCGCUCGGCUGGGCCAAGUACUACGAGUUCAACGAGUCGGACCUGCGCGUCGCGUGCGACACUCUCGACACGUGGAUCGACGCCACUGCCAUGGGCCGAACCAAUCUUCCUCCCGAGAAAGUGCCGUGGGAAGCUUUAGUUACGCUUCUGUCACAAUGUAUAUACGGAGGGAAAAUUGACAACUUGUUCGACCAACGUCUGCUGCAGUCGUUCCUGUCCAAACUGUUCACGCCUAAAUCGUUUGAAGCCGAUUUCGCCCUUGUAGCUAAUGUUGAUGGGGCUACUGGCAAUCAGCGUCACAUCACGAUGCCCGACGGUAACCGUCGUGACAACUUCCUGAAAUGGAUCGAAGAACUAUCGGAUCGACAAACACCAUCCUGGCUCGGACUACCCAACAACGCUGAGAAGGUGCUGCUGACUACACAAGGCAGCGACCUUGUAUCGAAAUUAUUGAAAAUGCAACAACUUGAAGAUGAAGAAGAGCUGGCCUAUAGUGCUGCCACUCAGGACAACGACGCCAGUUCGGUUGUACUUGGUGAUGGAAGACCUGCGUGGAUGAAAAUUUUACAUCAAACAGCAGCGAACUGGCUGCAACUACUGCCUAAAGAACUUCCGACUCUUCGGCGUACAGUGGAGAAUAUCAAAGAUCCUUUGUACCGGUUCUUCGAACGUGAGGUAGCUGCCGGAGCGUCUCUGUUGCAGCAAGUACUGCACGAUCUGCGCAACGUUAUGUUAAUUUGUCAGAGCGAAAUGAAACAAACAAACGAGACUCGCGCGAUGGUGGGGUCCCUGGUGCGCGGCAUGCUGCCCGCCUCGUGGCGCCGCUACGCCGUGGCCCGCGGCUGCACGGUGCAGCAGUGGAUCGGAGACUUUGCACAGAGGGUCACACAGCUAGCAGAGGUGGCAGAUGCCGUCGCUGCUAAGAGGUUGCAGAAUGUCCCAGUCUGGCUCGGUGGACUGCUAAACCCUGAAGCUUAUAUCACAGCUACCCGCCAAUGCGUUGCUCAAGCUAACUCCUGGUCUUUAGAAGAAUUACAUUUGCAGGUGACAAUACCCGACCCCGGAACACCAACUGAGAAUGCUCAAACUGAAUGGUCGUUCUCUGUAACUGGUUUAAAACUGCAGGGAGCCACUGUCAAAGGAAAUCGGUUAUUACUGACAAACACUAUCAUGGUAGACCUGCCUCUUACUGUGCUCACUUGGGUUCGCGGUCCGGAGCCCGCGUCCAAUUCGCACACGCUGACUCUCCCCGUGUACCUGAACAGUGCCCGCACGGAGCUGCUGUUCACGGUGCGGCUGCCCGUCGCGCCCGGACAGGAGCCGCACGCGUUCUACGAGCGAGGAGUCGCCCUGCUCACUUCUACUGCUCUCAACUAAAUUAUACAUUACUAGCGACCCGCCCACGCUUCGCUUCCGAAACUGUAAUUUAUAAUUAAUUUCUCCACUAUUUAAUGGAUGUUAUUAUACAUAUAAAGCUUCCUCU